AUGAGAAAAUUGGAAUUUGAUGCUGUCUGUACCACCGGAAAUCAAAGAAACGGCCAAAAUUUAUUCAAAAUCAGUCAAAUCCAAAAUUCACGUCUUCGCCAAAAAUUAAUAUCUGAGGCGAAAAAUACAGAAAAUGAUGGAUAUGGAAGUAUUGAAGAUAAAUGGAAUAAUAAAAAUAAAGAAUGGAGUGAAGAAAGGCAAUGGGGAGAUGAAGAAGAAAAUGAGAGGGAUAUAGAGGAGGAUAAUGAUGAUUUUAAUGGGAGGAAUGGGAAGAAUGUAGAUGACGAUUUUAGGAGGAGGAAUAGACCUAGUAGAGAUGUAAGGAAUAAAAAAAUUUUUUGGAUGAUAGAAGAUUGA